CGAUAACGAUGGCAAUCUGAAGUUUUCGCACUCAACAUUCUUCUUUAUCACGAAGGAACACACUGUUUAUUGCGGCCGGUCAAGGAUGAGGAAGCUUACACUUGAAGCCGUCAAUGAAAGCUUGAAAUUAGUUCAUGAUAAAGAUGUGUUCCCAGAAGCACCGUCACAUAUCACAAGGAUUACGACAAUAGAUAGCGGUUGCUUUGUCAAAGGGCCAGCACUUACAUUUCACGACGAAAUUGGUGGCUCAGAGAUGAUAGCACGGCUACUGCUGCAAGAGGCUGAAACUUUGGAGCAGAUUGAACGAAACCCCCACCCUAAUAUCCUUCGUUAUCGAGGCUGCCACGUCUACCGAGGUCGUAUCGUUAGUCUCGUUCUGCAACGUUAUCCUCGCACAUUGGAAGAAUGUGUGCUUAACGGUGGCGGCAAUAUUGACUUGAAGUUAGGUUUUGAUAGACUGAAGACUGGGGUGAUGCACCUUCAUGCUCUCGGGCUUGCUCACAAUGACAUCAAAGCAAGCAACAUCAUGGUUGAUGAGGAUGGCACAUGGAUCCUAGCAGAUAUGGGCUCUUGCCGUCCCUUCGGCGAUCGUCUCAUUAUAGCAGGUAAUCCACAGUGGGAAACUUCAUCACAGCAGCAUGACGAAGAUGCACUUGGUGAACUUUGGAUUUGGUUGAAGGAUCAGAAACCAAGAAAAGUUUAAGUAGGGGCUAAUCUCGACGGUAGUCGCUGUUCAUGUACAUAGCCUAGUUUAUUUUAGCUUCACCUUCGAGAAGAAACCAUGAACUGCACAGAGUAGCUAUGUCAUAUAUCCAAUCUAUCGUCCAUCUUA